AUGCGGACCUACUACUUCCUCGACGCGGACGACUCAAGGAAGCCGGAUGUCUCCAUGCUCACUCGUUUCCCCCAAAUUCCUCCGAGGUGGUGGGGCCAUCUCCUCGUUCGUCGAAGACGUCGUCUUGUCGGUCUUCCAAUUCCUGAAACUCGCGGUAGCAUUUUCUCGGAACUUCUACCCCGGUUAUAUAUCACUACCGUGUUUGAUGCGUCAUACGUCAUGACCACUCCCUCAGAUUCUGUUGUCAGACAAGGCUGGGAUAAGGUUUUGACACUGGGUCCAAGCUGGUAUGGGGAUACAAGGUGUUCUAAGCCAGGGUCGUCGAUUUUUUUCCGAGAAGAACGGUCCUUCUUUCGGCUACAAUGGCUCGCGGGUGGAAGGAAGGUACUCUGUGCCGCAAGCAAUAUCUCGAAGGGUCAAGGAAUGUUAGCCGCUGGAAGACUCAGGCCUUUUCAGCUCGUAUUCGUCUUUCCUUUGUGGGUAUCUACCGCUGUUGGAUCUUGUUCCCCGGCUUUGCAUGACUAA